AUGGCGAAAAGACCAGCUGAAGAUUCGCCGUGUGAGCCCAUUGAAGUGGAGUCGCCCGCUUCAAAACGGCCUAAAAUUUAUUCGACGGAAGAGCUAACAGAAACGACCAACCAUGUGCGAAGCCUUACAGAUCGAACAGAGCAAAGGUGGGAUGGAAAUGGGCAAAGUGGAAACGGCGUAUCAGCUACGGCCGAGCAAGUAGAGAAAGAAGCCGAGGACACAACAGCGGACGCAUCAGACUGGGAAGAGGAGGAGAACCGCCAUCAGACCAUACGACAGAAUGCACCCCUGGAAGGCUACGACGACUUAUACCUCGACACAAUACAGAGAGCUGCUCUUGACUUUGAUUUUGAGAAGCUAUGCUCUGUAUCACUAUCGAAUAUCAAUGUCUACGCCUGUCUAGUAUGCGGCAAAUACUAUCAAGGACGUGGACCUAAAUCGCACGCUUAUUUUCAUGCGCUUGAAGUCGAACACCAUGUUUUCAUUAACAUGGAGACAAAGAAGGUCUAUGUACUACCGGAAGGAUAUGAGGUUAAGAAUAAGAGCUUGGAUGAUAUCAAAUAUGUGGUUGAUCCUCACUUCUCUAAGGAAGAAGUGGCAAAGUUGGAUAAGGCGGUUAUAGAUGCCUUUGAUUUGUCAGGCAAACGUUACAGACCCGGUUUUGUUGGAAUGAAUAAUAUCAAGUCUAACGACUACCUCAACGUGGUGGUUCAGCUGCUUGCUCACGUCCGCCCCAUUCGGAACUUCUUUCUACUCCAUGAUUUUCCGGCUCUAAACACUCCUCAGCUCCCUCUCAGGUUUGGCAUGCUAGUGCGCAAACUCUGGAACCCUAGAGCAUUCAAAGCGCACGUUUCUCCCCACGAGCUCCUCCAAGAGGUUGCCAUUCGAUCUUCAAAGCGAUUUACCCUAACGAAACAGUCAGAUCCAAUCGAGUUUCUCUCUUGGUUCCUAAACAACCUCCAUUUAACUCUAGGCGGCUCCAAAAAACAAUCCUCAAAGCCUAGUAGCGUGAUCCAAUCUGCCUUUCAUGGCAAGCUUCGUAUUGAAAGCCAAGCUAUUACGGCUAGGUCGGAUAGCGCGAAUGCUCGCCUCGUCUUUUCAGAAUCAAGCACCACAACUUCUCAAAUUAACCCAUUCCUAAUUCUCACACUGGAUCUUCCCCCUACUCCCCUAUUCCAGUCCUCAAACAAGGACUCCAUCAUUCCUCAAGUGCCUCUUACCACGCUUCUAAACAAAUAUAACGGUAUCACCGCUUCUGAGAAACUUGCCCAUCGGGUGCGGCACAGGCUGCUGCAUCCUCUGCCGCCUUACCUUCUGUUUCAUAUCAAACGCUUUAGCAAAAAUAAAUUUGUCGCUGAGCGAAACCCGACUAUUGUCACCUUCCCAUCACCACACGGGCUUGACAUGUCACCAUACGUUGAACCUGACCCAUCUAUAUUGCCGCCAGGAGAACCUAUUAUUUACGACCUGGUGGCAAACGUUAUCUUAGAUGCUGCGGUGAACAUCCCAGGCGGACCCGAAAAUGCUGCUAACAGCGCAGAGACGAGCAAGGAACUAUCUGAGACAGGGCCGUCUGCCUCUAGUACAACAACACCAGGAGCAGCAGCAGGUAACCAUAAGGUCUCAUGGCUGAUCCAACUACAUGAUAAAGCCAUGGCUGCAGAGAAUGCGCAACAGCAACAGCAGAAGGGGCCGGAAUGGCUAGAGGCCCAGGACUUAUGGGUUAAACGUACAGAGAGCGAAACCUUAUUCACACGUGAGGGAUACUUAAUGGUUUGGGAAAGGAGGAAAAUGAAGCCUCCUGGAAAUAAAUGA